AAACCCGUCCAAACCAUACGGUGCCGUGGCCACGCAAGCGAGUAGAUAUCCUAAGGACUCAUAAUUUUGUGCGCCGAGAUCGGCGGUGCAGUUUCUUUUCGUUCGACGUGAAUAAAAUUUUGUCAAAAGUGUGCCCGACGCGAUCAGGUGCGAAAGAUGCAGAUGUACGUCUUCCUGGCAUUGCUUUUGCUGCGGGCGGCUUCGGGAACUCCGUCAACGUCGGGAACGCCGUCUACGUCGGGCUCGGACACGACCCCGUCGGCGUCAGCGGCGCUCGGCGCUCUAUACCGACAGGCUCGUUCGGGUCAGUAUUACACGAGCAGAUACGCCGGCGACGGUUUAUCUCUCAGUUCAGGAACAAUCGGAGUCCGUUCGGAAACUGCUGCCGAGCCACGGGACGCCGCCUAUUUCGAAUCGCGAUGCAUCACCUGCGACCCGAACAAGUCCGCCGCUCCCAACGUCGCGGAUCGUGGAUACAGAACGCGUCCGCGAUACGAUUGGUACGAGGACGACCCGGAAGAGCGUAGAUACCCAGCGAGCUACCGAGAUCGUUACGACGAUCCGUACGACCGCGAGCGCUCGAGGUCACCUGGGUACGAUUACGAUCCGCGCUACGAUCGUUUCGGAAGAUACGAUUCACGGCCAUUGCCCUAUUACAGCGACCGCUACGACGGCAGGUAUCCUUCCUACGACAGAAAUUACGAGGGCAGGUAUCCUUCCUACGACAGGAACUACGAGCGCGGUUAUUACGAACGCGGAAACGGCUACGACAAUCUCGACUCCCGGUACAACCCAUACGAAGGAAGAACCGAUCGGUAUUAUCCGAGCAGGCGACCGAUCUACGAGGAUCCCUACGUCCCGCGAUACGAACACAGGAAUCGGCACCAGGGUCUCCAAGGGAUCUACGAGCAGCCCUACGACAGGUACUACGGUAGAAGACCGGCGGUGGUCGACGACCCCUACUACGACCGAUUCGGAGGCCGAGGAGCGGGAGGCAUGGGCUACGGAAGCGACCCCGUCAGAGGAGGGGGGAUGGGCGGCGGCGGCGGCGGCGGCGGCGGCGGAAUAAGCGGGGGAUACUUCUCUUCGUCUUCCUCCGGAAACUGGGGGCCGGGAUACGACCGAGGAUACGCGAGUGCCUGGAACUACGGGGGCACGCGGGACAACUGGCGAGACAGAGAUUUCAACAGGGAUCGAGAUCCGGGAUAUUAUCGACCCAGGGAUUAUUUCUACGACAGUACAGCCGCUCCCGGUGGUACUCGGGGCACCAGCUACCUACACGACAGACCGGAAUCCUCGACAGCCUCGAACGCGAUCGGUCAAGAAUCGGCUACAAAUUCACCGAAGUCUCCGGACACGAACAAGGUCUACAAGGACUAAGGGGAGACUAUCGCCGAUUCCGAGGAAUAUAUUUGUAUUAUCUAUCCGCCGAUCUGGGAGAUUUUUUGUGUUCCCGAAAAAAAAAAAAAAAAAAAAAAAAAAUCAAAGAAAAACUCCAGUUCGGAAUAUACGUAGAUCUAUUUUCUGAAACUCGUUAGUUCUCACCGAUCGAAAAAUUCAUCGUAAAAGAAACGUCGAUCGGCGAUUGAUAUUCCUUACGCAACAUUCUCCCUUACAGGAUCCGUAUCACUGUCUACAUGCAGAAGAUAAAUGAAAUAAGAUAUACCGAUCACAUAACUUCGCCACUGCCCGUCCGUGUGUAAUACCGGCGAGAUACCUAAGAGUAGAUAAGUCGUCCUUUUUUUUUUUUUAUUUUUCUCUUUCCUUUAUUUAAAUUAGUAUAACUUAUUCCAUCCACAGUACCGACAUGCAUCGGUCGAUUUCGUCAUUUGCAUUAUUUGUACCGCGAACAUGAUGCGCUUGGGCAAUCAGCGUUCGUUUGAAUAAUUGUUUUUUGUAAUAAACGUAACGAGACACGAA